CCAAGACAAUGACAAUGACAUAAAUAAUUUGAUUUGUGUUGUGGAUACAAAUAUUCUUUGUUUAUUAAUCGGUAUUUUCAAACUCCGUUUAAAUGGAAGUAGUUCAAGUUAUAACUCAGGACUACGUAAAUGUCCACAUCACAAAGUCUGAUAGUGAGGAUGCGCCGCCGAUUGAAAGACGGUUCAAGAAAGAGAUCUCCGUGCUUGACUUUAAGACAAAACUAGAGUUGGUAACCGGAGGUUCAGCACCUACAAUGAAGUUGAAGGUAUUUGAUAAGAAGAACAACUUUGUGUGUGACAUUGACAAUGACAAUGCCCUCCUCGGGUCAUACCCCAUUGAUGAUGGUGCUAGGAUACAUGUCAUAGACAACUUUACAUUGAUCAAAGAUUUUACAACCAGUGAUAGUGCUGAAAGGUUCCAACUUUCCGAAGAAGAUUAUGAAAAGAAGGGAGACACGCUGCGCUCAUUCCUGCAGCGCAACAAACUGGGCAAGUACAAUGAGGAGGAGAUGAACAAACUGAAGGAGCAGCAGCAGAAAGAGCUUGAAGAGGAAGCCAAUCUAGCGAGCAAGGUGUUGGUGGGUGCGCGGUGCGAGGUGCGCGCGCCGCGGCAGCCGGCUCGGCGCGCCACUGUCCGCUACAACGGCCCGCUGGCCGGCGCACGCGGGCUUUGGAUAGGAGUCCAGUAUGAUGAACCUCUCGGCAAGAAUGAUGGAGAGGUAAACGGUCAGAGAUACUUCACAUGUCCACCAAACUAUGGCGGCUUCGUGAAGCCAGUGUAUGUAACAGUUGGGGACUUCCCCGAAGAAAAAUAUGAUUUGGAGGACGAAAUAUAAGCGACCCCACAUAUCGUUGCUGCUUUAAUGCGUACAACUAACCAGUCAUAGAUUUUAUAUGCUUUAUUCUUUUAUAUACCUUAAUUGGUAUUAUCAGGUGCAUUAUAUAAUUAACAUAUGCACUUUAUUGUAUAUGUAUGGAUGAUAAUACUGGUUUAGUGUCCAUUUUCACUGUUAAAACACUUGUAAUAAAACAGAUAUGUUAUUGUACAGGUUUUUUGACAGUGUAAAUAUGACAUAUAGCGUAACUAAACGCUUGCUGGCAGGCUGAAGUAUUAGACUUUUUUGAACUAAAGAAAGAGGUAAAAAUAUUGAGGAAUAUAAUGAUUUGAUCAAAUAUUAAAGACUGAAGCAAUAUCACUUGCUUUUUAAAAUUAACUCUUAUGAAAGCGAGUUUUUGGUCUCAAUUACUUUAUCUAAAACAAUUUUUGACAAAAAAUACUCUGUGCAUAGCGUUUGUUAUUAAUUUUUAUUUUUGUAUAAGUAAAAAUCAUGGGUAACUAAAAUAUAUUAAAGAUAUGGUCAAAUCUUUUUUGUUUUUUGAGGGAAUGAUUGUCAAAUUACUAUUGAAAAUAGGAAUUAAAACUUUUUUGAUGUUUCUCAAAUGAUUAAUGUAAAUUGUGAUAGGGUUUUGAAAAUUUUUUACUGAAGUUGUGGAAAUAGUGUGUUUAAAUUUAUUUUAGAUUAAGUUUUGAUGAAAAUAUUUUAUUUAAAUAUUAUUUAUAAGUUCGUAAAAUCAUGUUUGCAUUUGAAAUACAUUGAUUGUAACAUUCCAAUGAUUCGACAGAAAUUGUAAUGUUUUCUUACAACACAGCUUUAAAGAAAAGAAUGUAAUUAUUUGCUUGUAUCAUUUGGAUUUUUCAUAAUAAAAUUAUUUAACAAAA